CGAGACGAAAUGACUACUCACUGGGAAUCCAAAUUUGCUUCUUGCUCACUACCUGCAUCCAACCUCAACUAUUAUCACUUUUUUUUUAUCACUUUUAUUAAUUAAGCCAAAUUUGUUUUAGGUAACACCUUAUUUAGAGCUUGAACAUACCGAUGCUGAUGCACAUGAAAAAUAAAGAUAAUAAAGUAAAGUUUUAGAGCAUGUAGAGUGGGUGAUAAAGUAAAGUAGCACAUGAAUUUUAAAGACCAAAAAGACAAUCUCCCUCUUUUUAAUAUUAUCCCACCAUCAAGCCAUCAACUGCUGUUUCUUUCUUUCUUUUUCCACAGCAUCUUCUCCACAAAGAAAAGAGAGAAAGGAUUGAAAAAAAUGAAGGAUUAUGCAGCACUGAUGAUAGGAACAGCUCUGUUUGCAUUCUUGUCGCCGGGAUUACUAAUCCAGCUUCCCGGGAAGCAUAAACCGGUCGAUUUUCUCAACAUGAAAACUAGCGUUGCAUCCAUGCUGCUUCACACGGUUAUCUAUGGUUUGCUUCUCAUGCUCUUCCUCGUCGUUCUUGAUGUGCAUCUCUACGCGUAGAUUAGAUUAGCUUCGAUUAUUUUUAUCAAUCGUUCGCGUAGAAUUAACUAUAUGUAUGUAUGAUGUAUCUCUUGAGGAUUUUAACUUUGGCCAUCUUAGUUUUGCUUUA